GCCCACUUCAAGCACUUGGAAGCGAGUGACUGUCGUCUUUGCCUCUAUCAGAACUACGAAGCUGUGCCUCAGGAACACACCCUGACGCCCUUUGUUGACGUAACCCUGUUCAAGGUGCCUAGCGGACGGGUCAGCAAGACGCCGGCUGGGAUGGCUGGCAUGAACUUCUGGGCGCAGCGAACCAAGGCCCGCAACUACUUCCUGUACUACGACAACGGCAAGAGUGCGGUGCGAGUUCGCGGUAAACCUGGAUCUGAGAUUGCACCAACUUCCGUGCACCUCUUGUAUCCUCCGGACGAUCUGGAGGAGCUCAUUACCGGCAAGCACGCUUGGACGAACUUUGCACCGCAUGAGCUCCCAGACAUGAACUUGACGUGGCUAGCUUCCUCGCACGAAGAGGUUGUAGCUGCGGCCAAGGUGCUGCAUUAUCCAGCCACGCAUUUCGAGCGCCUCUGGCGAAAGUACAACCAUCUUGGCAAUUUCCCUUCUGUCCGCUUUGGGGGAGAUCUGGUGGUGCCGCCGUCAUUUCACCUUGAGGCCCGAGACGAGUACCUGAAGCACAGUACCAAGGAGAAGCAGCUUGAGAAGCUGAAGGAGCUCCUGGAGAAAGCGGCUUUCUUGCGAGGCGAUGCAGAGGUUCAGUCGCAGCUUGAAACGGGCUCGGUUGUGAUCAUCGACACCGUCAGGGAAUCCCUGCGACAGGGCAUUUGGGUGCCACCAAGGCAGCUCCGGCAAAGCGUCUUCAAGAUGCUGCAGCGCCGACCCGGAGUGAAGGGGAUGGAGCGGCUUCAGACGAUGAAGCGAAGGCCUGCCGAGGUGUGCUUCGCUGGCCAGGGAGGAAUCCUCAAGAACCUGGAUUCCGCACUGGAUGAGAUUGUUCAGUCCUUAUGCUUGAAUGGUUGGGUGGCCUGCGAUUUGGGAGCGCAUCAGAGCUUGAUUGCCAGAGCCUUAGAGGAAGCCAAGACACUGAAGCCGCGGAUGUCUCGUGGAACGACUGUGAUCCAGAAUGAGAUCAUCAGUCCAAACACGCCCAAUGCAGACAGAGAGGACAAGGUUCUGUUUUUGCAAGAGCAGGGGCUCAGCGGUCCCAGCGCAGCAAAGGGCCCUGCGCCAACAAUUGCCCUGUUGGAAAGUGCUGUGAUAGACAUUGUCAUGCAUUUGGAUCCUAGACUACAGCGGAGCCAGCUUCAGCUCCGCAUCACGGAGCGCUGUGAUGGAAUGCUUUCGAGCUACGAGAAGGGCGGGGCCUACAGUGCGCACAUAGACAAUGCCGACGGUGAUGGCCGUGUUGAUGGCCGUGUCCUAACAGCUGUCUUGUACUUGAACGUUGGAUGGGACCGGUAUGCGGGCGGAGAGCUUGCCAUCUUUCAGCCAGAGCUGGGUGAUAUUGGUGAUGCGAACUGCCACGGCAAGUGGAACAUGGUCUACCCAGAGGCAGGUACCUUGGUCUUCCUGCGUGCAGAUCAUGUGCUUCACGAGGUGCGGGGUGCGCACGCAGAGCGCUAUGCGCUGAGUGUCUGGUUUUGCGGCCAACAUAGCAACUAUGGCGGCUCCUGA